AGCUGCCUGCUAUAUAGCAGGAGGUCGUCGCCGCUACUGCUCUUUCCGCUCCGCGCCGCCAGAAGUGCUGGACGCUACGACACUCGUUCCAUCGCCAGCGGACAAUCCUCUACCAGCCGCCAUGUCGCUGGACUUCUACUACGUGCCGCUGAGUCCGCCGUGCCGCUCCGUGCUGCUCGCAGCGCGGGCUGUCGGCGCCAAGCUCAACCUCAAGCUGGUGGACCUGGCGGGCGGCGAGAACCUCACGCCGCAGUACCUCAAGAUGAACCCGCAACACACAGUCCCAACACUCAACGACAAGGGUUUCGCCCUGUGGGAAAGCCGGGCCAUCUUGGGCUACCUCGUGCAACAGUACGCCAAGGACGACAGCCUCUACCCCAAGGAGCCGAAGAGGCGCGCGCUGGUGGACCAGAGGCUCUACUUCGACAUCGGCACCCUCUACCAGAGGUUCGGCGACUACUACUACCCGGUGCUGUUCGCGGGCGCCGCCUUCGACCCGGAGAAGAUGAAGAAGUUCGAGGAGGCCGUGCAGUUCCUGGACAAGUUCCUGGAGGGGGAGAAGUGGGUGGCGGGGCCCAGCCUCACCAUCGCCGACAUCAGCAUCGCCGUCACGCUGUCCAGCGCCGAGGUGCUGGGCUUUGAAGUGAGCGCCAGGAAGUACCCGAACGUGGCGCGGUGGUACGCUAGCGCCAAGACCUCCAUACCCGGCUACCAGGAGCUCAACACGCCUGGCCUGCAGGACCUCAAGGCGCUCCUGCCGGCCGGCAAGUGAAUUGCUCCGCGAGUUGGGAGCGCUCCUGCCGGCCGGCGAGUGAACUGCUCCGGGAGUUAGGAGCGCUCCUGCCAGUCGGCGAGUCAACUAACUGCUCCGGGAGUUAGGAGCGCUCCUGCCGGCCGGCGAGUCAACUAACUGCUCCGGGAGUUAGGAGCGCUCCUGCCGGCCGGCGAGUCAACUAACUGCUCCGGGAGUUAGGAGCGCUCCUGCCGGCCAGCGAGUCAACUAACUACUCCCUCGCCUCAUCCGCAGCACGCUCUUGGCGGGUGCGUCUCACAGCUACCACCGUAAACAAACAAUAACAUAAAUAGUGAAAUAUAUGAAUAAUCCAUUGCAA